AUGGCCUUUGCCAGCUCGCUCCCACCCGCGACGGCCUCGGGCCUCCGCGCGAGCCAUGCCCCGGAGCUCGCCUUCCCGCCGGUCAACAGGAAGGGCGGCAUCUGGCUACGGCGUCGGGGAGCCCGGCACGGAGUAAGGGCUGAAGUGAAUGAAUCUCCAAGUGCUUUAGCGAUUGAUGCUCUCUCCCAAGUUAAGUAUGUUCUACUUCCAAUCACCGACCGCAACCCUUACCUUUCAGAAGGCACAAGACAUGCUGAAGCCACAACCACUUCUCUAGGAAAGAAGUAUGGAGCAAGCAUUACAGUAGUUGUUAUUGAUGAUAAGCCAAAGGAGUCAUUUCCAAAGCAUGAUACUCAAAUGUCAAGCAUUAGAUGGCACCUUUCUGAAGGGAUUGAUGAUGUGACCGGGAUUGCUGACAUUUUGGCAGAAGGCACACAACCUGUUCCUUGCUGGGUCGGCCCGCCUUAG